UUUCACAGUCCUUGGCCAUGCAACUUGAUCGCUUUCUUCCAACUAGGCAUUGAAAGAGGCGAUCAGUUUCCUACAAUUAAAACAUGUCAUGUAUCCAGAGAAACUGGAUUGCAAACUUUUCCUUUUGGGUCCACUUUCUUCAUAUCCAGGCGCUGUGCUAUGGUAGAAAUCCUCCACCCGGCAGAUUUGUCUUUCCAGACAUGAGGCAAGAUAAAUUUGUCAAAACGUUGCAGGACUACCAAGCGGUCAGCCCAGCGAAAGUCAACGCAGAAGGGCAGUUUCUCUCCUACAGUUUGCAUCACCAUGCCUCAACCACCAGAAGGAAAAGAGACAUCAUGAAAAAGGACAGUAAGGUGUAUUAUAAAAUUAAGCACAAAGAGAAGGAUCUCUUUUUUAACUUAACUCUCCAACAAGGGUUACUAUCUAAAAGUUAUAUUCUGGAAAGACGACAUGGCAACUACUCUGGUGCACAGAUCAUACAACGCUUGGAAACGUCAUGUCACCUCAUUGGGACAGUCGUGCAGCCAGAUUUCAGGAAUGGGAAGGCAGUGAUCAGCACUUGCAAUGGACUAACUGGAUACUUCCAUCUGCCUGAUGGAGAUUACCUCAUUGAACCAGUGAAGAAAUAUCAGCUAGAAGAUGGGGCAUUUCCCCACAUAGUCUACAGGGCAAACAUCUUUCAGAAGGCUUUGCGGAAAAGGCGGGACACCUGGGCGAAGGAGGAACAGACUUGUGGGGUGAACGAAACACUGACCUUUUUCAGACAGCAAGAGCUUCAAAGGGUGAAGUGGGAGAGGAGCCAGGUGAUGGGCAAAGCAAUCUCCCGGCGUUCUGUCAGCAAAGAGCGAUGGGUGGAGACAUUGGUGGUUGCCGACAGCAAGAUGAUUGAAUACCACGGAAGUGAAAAUGUGGAAUCCUAUAUCCUCACUAUCAUAAACAUGGUGGCUGGCUUGUUCCAUGAUCCAAGCAUUGGUAACGCGAUCCAUAUUGUGCUGGUUCGACUUAUUCUUCUAGAGGAAGAGGAGCAAGGGCUGAAAAUAGUUCACCAUGCAGAUAAGACCCUAGCCAGCUUUUGUAAAUGGCAAAAGAGUAUCAACCCCAAAACUGAUGCCAACCCACUGCACCAUGAUGUGGCAGUCCUUCUUACCAGAAAAGACAUUUGCGCCAGCAUGAAUCGUCCAUGUGAAACUUUAGGCUUGUCCCAUCUCUCUGGAAUGUGCCAACCUCAUCGGAGCUGUAAUAUCAAUGAAGACUCUGGUCUACCUUUGGCUUUCACAAUUGCACAUGAACUUGGUCACAGUUUUGGAAUUCAGCACGAUGGAAAAGAAAAUGACUGCGAGCCGGAGGGAAGACGCCCAUACAUCAUGUCUCGGCAACUACAGUAUGACCCGACUCCCCUCACAUGGUCAAGAUGCAGCAAGGAAUACAUCACACGCUUCCUAGACCGAGGAUGGGGCUUCUGCCUGGAUGAUGUUCCAAAGAAGAAAGACCUAAAGCCUCCUUUCAUUGCCCCUGGAGUGAUUUAUGAUGUGCACCACCAGUGCCAAUUGCAGUAUGGAUCCAAUGCAACGUUCUGCGAUCACGUGGAUAAUAUUUGCCAGACAUUGUGGUGCUUCGUGAAAGGCUCCUGCCGGUCAAAACUGGAUGCUGCAGCAGAUGGGACAAGAUGCGGCGAGAACAAGUGGUGCUUCACAGGUGCAUGCAUAACAGUGGGCAAGAGCCCUGAAGCAGUAAACGGUGGAUGGGGAUCGUGGUCCACAUGGUCACACUGCACCCGGACAUGUGGGGCUGGCAUUCAGGCUGCUGAGAGGCAGUGUAAUCACCCAGAACCACAGUUUGGAGGGAAGUAUUGCACUGGUGAGAGGAAACGCUAUCGCAUGUGUAACAUUAAGCUGUGCCGCAGGGCUACGCCAAACUUCCGUCAAAUGCAGUGCAGUGAAUUUGAUACAGUCGCCUACAAAAAUGAAUUCUAUCAGUGGAUUCCAGUUUAUAACACAGCUAAUCCUUGUGAGCUACAAUGCCGUCCUACAAACAACCACUUUUCAGAGAAAAUGCUUGAUGCUGUUAUCGACGGUACACCUUGCUUUGAAGGAAACAACAGCAGAGACAUCUGUAUUAAUGGCAUGUGUAAGACUGUCGGCUGUGACUAUGAAAUGGAUUCCAAUGCUACUGAAGAUCAGUGUGGAGUUUGCCUGGGAGAUGGUUCCUCUUGCCAGACUGUGAAGAUAGGAUUCAAUCAAAGUGAAGGAGUAGGUUACGUUGAUAUCGGCCUGAUUCCAAAAGGUGCAAGAAACAUCAAGGUGGAAGAAGUGGCAGAAGCAGGGAAUUUCCUUGCGUUACGGAGUGAGGAUCCGGAAAAAUAUUACCUAAAUGGAAGGUUUAUUAUCCAAUGGAACGGAGACUACAAAGUAGCAGGAACAGUAUUUCAAUAUGGAAGGAAAGGGGACCUGGAAAAUCUCACUGCUCCUGGACCCACAAAUGAAUCAUUGUGGCUACAACUCCUUUUUCAGGAGAAUAACCCUGGAAUAAAGUAUGAGUAUACUGUCCGUAAAGACUGCAGCUCUGAAAAUGAAGUCGAAGAGCCAGAGUAUUUUUGGCAAUAUGGAAGCUGGACCAUUUGCAGCGUGACGUGUGGGAGGGGCUUCCAGCAACAGACUGCCCGCUGUGUGAAAAAGGGGAAAGGUGUGGUGAAAAACCUAUUUUGUGAUCCCGAAAAACAACCGAGUGGGAAACAAAAGAAAUGCAUUGAAAAGGACUGUCCACCAAGAUGGUGGGCAGGAGAAUGGCAGAAAUGUUCGACCACCUGUGGUCCAGCUGGAGAGAAGAAAAGGACUGUCCUUUGUAUCCAGGCAGUGGGAUUUGAUGAGCAAGCUUUGCCUGCUGAGGAGUGCCAACAUCUGCUGAAACCAAAAACUCACCUUUCGUGCAACAGAGAUAUCCUGUGCCCAUCAGACUGGACAGUAAGCAACUGGACUGAGUGCACAGUUACCUGUGGUGGAGGUAUACGGACUCGGAACAUCACCUGUACCAAAAACAAUGGAGAACCAUGUGACAUUUCAAAGAGGCCCCAUUCUAAAGCUCUGUGUGGCCUCCAGCAGUGUCCAUUCACGAGAAGAUUGCUGAUACCCCAUUUCAAACUGCAUAAUGGAAAGAUAAUCAGGAGAAUGGGAGCAAAUCCCAACGGAGGCCCUGACAAUAGUCUGCCAUCCCCCAAGCCAAGCCCAAGAAUCCCCACAACAGUGAGAACACUUGAGCCCAGAAAUGUUACUGUGAUACCUACAUCCUUUGGGGUUAUGAACUCUUCACAAAAAGAAGACUUGGAAGUAAACAUAUUACAAAGUAAUUCCAGUGGUUCAGGCAUUGCUAACAAUUAUUCCUGUGUAUUGAGUGAUGGCAGCUCACUGCAAAAUAGCACGUUUGUGCCUAUCACAGAUGAUUCAAGUGUUUCAAACUCUACAAAUGUGGGGAACAUAUCAUACAAUUCUUCCGGGGAUGGCUUUAUAAAUAAGGACUCCUUUACCACUAACCCCAGUUCUUGGGCUGUAACCUCCAGGUAUUUAAUUGAAGAAUCUAGUGCAGUGUCUAACAGUACUGAUGGAGAAACAACAAAUAAAGCCCAGAGUGAAUGGCCAAUGAGAAGAUCUACUACUACCAUCACUUGUGGCAAUACGUCAAGAACCUCGCCAACAGGUUAUCAUCCCGACAGUUUUAGCCAGGUUUCUGUUACUCCAGUAGGAGAAGUAGGCGUUUCCGUGACAAGCAUAGGUCUCAAAGGCCUUCCUAUACAAAUAAGUACACCCGCAACAGCAGAUCCUGUUACUGUACAACUGGCGCUGUUGAACGAAACAUCAAGAGACAAGCCUGCAAAUAGAACAAAACCAAAAGCUUCUGUUGCUGAAGCAUCCGCUUGGCCUACAGAAAGUCCAUUUCUGCAUGUUACUGGUGUACCAAAGAAUCAGGAUGAAGCAUUCAAGAGAAUGUUGCUGAAUGACUCUGAUCCAGAACAGCCAGAGGUGUCCAGGAACUCGCAUAAUGAUGCUUUCUGGAUGGUGGGAAAUUGGAGCGAGUGUUCCACCACGUGUGGCGUGGGGGCUUUUUGGAGAGCAGUGGAAUGCAGCACCAAGAAUGAAUCUGACUGCCAGCACAUUAAAAAACCGGAUCCAGCAAGGAGGUGCUACCUCCGCCCAUGUGUCCAGUGGAAAGCCGGAGACUGGAGCAAGUGUUCCUCCAGCUGUGGAGGUGGUUUCAAGACCCGCGAUGUCCAUUGCCUCAAUGUUGGUGACAACAGGAUGCUGAGGCCAUUUCAUUGCCAGUUAGCAGAACGCAAGCCACUGCUGAAUGUCAGCUGUAACAGAGAGCCCUGCUUGGGGUGGCGUGCAGAGCCCUGGAAUGAGUGUUCUGUUUCAUGUGGAGGAGGCAUUCAGCAAAGGGCAGUGCAGUGCAUCAGUGUGGAGGAUCACACAGCUAAGGACGAGGGCAUGUGCGAGAUUGAGUCCAAGCCUCCCGGCUCUCAAAAAUGCAACCUACAAGAGUGUGUGGGAAGCACAGGUUUGCCUUGCAUCAAGGACAGGCUGACAGUAAACUUCUGUGAGAGAGUGAGAGAUGUCGGCAAAUGUUCUGUGCCAUCAGUGCAGAAUCAAUGCUGCGCCACGUGCAACAGACCCUGGGCUGUUAACAAAACGGGACCUGGGAAACGAUCAAGCUGGAAACCAUAAUGUGGCUGAGAGCCAGGAUUGCUCAAUCAGAAUUCAAAACUGAAGAAUGCUAAAAGAAGGGGUAGGGAUCCUGUAGCCCUCCAGAUGAUGUUGAACAUCUCCCCCAGCCAGCAUGGCCAAAGGUCAGGAAUGAUGAAAGUUGUAGUCGCAAUGCUAAUUUCCCAGCAGAGGUGUUACUGCAGCUUCCCAAGAUGGAGAGGGGCGAGGUGGCAGAGAGCUCAGGUAAGCUACAGUAACGCUGCUGCUGGGAAGCUCUACCACCAGCUGCUUCUGUUGGAAGGGCAACAGGUUCCCCACCCUUGCUAUGGAUCUCUACUGCCACUCCCACCCCACUGUCUAUGGAAGUAUGGUAGUGGCUUUAAACUUUUCCACAUCCACGGUAGCCUGUACCCUUACCCCAAAUUUGCAACAUUGGAUUCACUUAAUGCAUUCUUUGUUCUACAUUAUAUACUUUUAACCUAUACUAUUUCUUUCCCUCCCUCUCCUUUUUCCUCCUCUCUUUUAAAAAAAUAUGGUUUUGGUGCCAUGUCUCCAAUCCAUCUAAGGUCAGAUUGUGUGCACUCCAAUAACUUGUUCUGGAGACAACACCAAUGAAUAUCUGCAUAUAGAAGUAGGCUUCUAUGCAUGCAGUUCAUUCAAAUACAGAGACACAUCUAGAUCUGUAUUAAACUGCUCCUCCAGACUCCAUUGAACUGGUUGGAUAUAUCUUGGACAAAGAUGGAAAUACCUAUCAACAUGUAGAAUCAUUGAUUUGUUACACAUGACUGGUUAUGAGCAGCUGAAGGCACCUACAGCUGACCUGUUUAUUGAGCAUGCAUCCUGAUUUGAUGGCAGGGAGAUUAGACAUUGUUCGCUACUUAAUGAGCAUUAUACAGCCAUGAGAGUUCUUCCAAGCUACACAGCAAGUGGAUUGGACUGUGAAAGACCAACCCAAAUGGUGUUUGCAUUUUGACCAAUUUGUAGGGCAGUGCAAUAUCUCAGAGAGGAGGUCAGGUCUCCUGCUCCCCUGGUGCAUUCACUAUAGCUGCCCAAUUUCCCUGCAUUUUAAAGUUUGAUAGACAUAUCUGUGGGCUAUAGGUACAUUCUUAAACCGCAAGGUUUUUUGCCUAUUAGUGAAUCUAUUCUGAUUUUUUUUUGCAGGGAGGGUAGAUGACAGUUGUAUCAAAGCAAGUGUUAUCCCACAUUUUCCAGUGCAUUUUUCUGUCGCUUUCCUUAUUGCAAAAAGUUCAGUCUUCUGGAGAAGCAAGCUUGUUGCACAAGACCUCCCAGUCAACUGUAAUUGUGUAAUCUGAAUUUGCCAGUAUGUGAUUGAAUCUCACCUGAAAAUAGCAAUAGUCUGGAUGCAACAUGAGAUUCUAAAGUGUUGUCAUGAUAAUUCUGCUCACAAUACACCUCUGAACCCAAUUAUUUCCUACUUGCUAAUCCUGCAAGUUCCAUGUGAGCCUCAAAUGAAAAACUGAAAAAUAAACAUAUAUUUUUUUAAAAAACCCACCCUAACUAGAGGUCAUUGGAAAUCCUGUAAGUCAAGUGGGGAACGUCUGGCCUGUGGGCCAUCACGGCCCUUCAAUGGGUUGCAUUUGGCCCCCAAGGCCAUUUUCCCCAAACCAAGUCCACCCACCCACAGAUGGCAUGCUGCCCAUCUGCCAGUUUUGGCCCAGGAAGCAGAUUCUGCUAAGGAUCUGGCUUGUGGAGCCAAAAAGGUUCCCCACCCCUAUUGUAUGCGGAGAGUAGUAAAGAUUGUCAUGUGCUUGUACAACAACUUAAUCGACACACAUAUCUCUAAGGCAGAUAUGGGAAACUUUUAGCCUUCCAGAUGCUGCUGAACUGCAACUCCCAGCAGCACCAGCAAGCAUAACAAAUGGCCAGGAAAGAUGGGAGGAGUUCAGCAACUUAUGGAGGUCCGAAGAUUCCCCACACCUGCUGUAAGGGAAUUUAGCAGUUUUUAUGUUUAUUUUUAAAUAUGGUGCUAUUAUACCACGGUGCUAAAACUUGCAUGGUGCCUAAAAACUAUGUACAGUAUGCAGAUGUAUUUCUAAUCUACACC